GUAAGAUGUUGUACGUAGUAAAAUAACAAUUGCAUACUGAAAUAUUAUGAAAUAAAGAGAGAUAAUAAGAUAUGCAAUCGGCAAAAUCAUUUUCUCCUAUGUGCCUCUGUGUAUAUAAGUGAGUGUAUACGAAUAUUAAAUAUUUGUCGGAAUAAACAGCAUUUUAAAAAAUUCAUAUCAUAUGAUUACAUGCGCGCAAAUGAGCAAUAUGCAGUUUCGCUGACGUAUCUCUGUGAAAACAACCGCAACGGUCGGCUCAGAGGCAAACAACAGAUUCGUUAUCGUUGGUGCCGACCGUUGCGAUGCCGAUAUUCGAGAGAUUGAUUGGUGCACUGGACCUGCAAAUUGGCGUAGUCAAGGAUGCCGUGCGAAAAUUGAUUUACCGAUGCAGCAAAAAGAAACAGCUGGGAAUGGUGCGUUCGUCGAAAGUCCAAAACCGACUGCACUUGUAACAGACGUAACUACACUCACCAAUGAGAAAGUGGAUAGUACAAAUCAAACAGUAUCUUCAAAGUCUAAAUUAUUGCGCAUCAUUGCGGCGAAAAGAUCGGAUUUUCGACCAAUUAAAACAACGGAACCUCGAGAGACCGAGAGGAAAGCCAUUAGCGAUGAAAUUACCAGAAGCGAACGUGUCGAUCGGGACGAGACUAUUUCUAUAUCAAAAGUCAUGGAGGCAGACAAAAUCACGGAGUCGAUCGUAAGCGCGGUCCAAGAUGUGGGUGACACACCGGAAGAUGCGGUUGAUGCCUCGAAAGGUGAAACAACAGUGCGCUACGUGCGGUGCCCGAGGAAGAAAGUGGAAGAAGAGUCUAUUUCUUGUGAACGCGAAAUACACUUUGAGCCGCAGAGUGGUUUGCGCUUAGUUACCGAGCGCGCAAAGUGCAACGACCUCAGUCUCGUGGACUGUUUUCGCAAGCACAAACAACUGGAUGCGGAAAACGAGCGCGCGCCGACCGAGUAUCUGAAGAGUUGCUCCAAGACUGACGAACUGAGAUUUCAUGGUGUAUCGCGCGUUUGCAUCAAUUGUCGCGAGGGAGCACGGGAGGAAUGUAAGAAGACCCAUUGUCGCAGAGAAAGAUCCGGUGGAUGCGGAAAGUGCGGAUAUAGUCCAGACAGUAAUGGAGCAUUGCCGGUGAGUUGCAUUGCCGUUAAUCGCCGAAAGAGAGACGAGCGUUGUCGCAAGAAGCCGAUGAUUUGUCUGUAUUGCGACAAUCCGCGAGGCGAGUGCACAUGUACAGCACCGAUCGGCAAAUGUCCAAGCUGCGGCUUGCCAUCGGAUGUCUGCGAUUCUCAGGACCACCAUGCAAUUCGCGAACAUAUUGGCGCAAGAGCGAACAAAGGUGGAACGAUUCGCGUCACCAGUUGGAAGCCGAAGAGGGAAAUCAGACGAUAUUUCGCGAGAAACGAGCCGGACAAUUGUUACGAGAAACGCUUUGAAGAGCUACCUUAUCAGCGGUUGGACGUCUUCUCGAAUGUGAUGAACGAACUGCAACGGAAGAUGAGCGAGACCGUGUGCUGCACACGAUGCAGGAGGAAUUCCUGCGGUGGCUCGCAGGUCAAUUCGGAUGAGGGAAGAAGGAGGGUCGAGGGUUACGUGAGAUGCACCAAAGCGGGAGAAGCUAAAAGGAAAACGUCCAAUGACGGUCGCGGUGGGUCAAGAGACAAACGUGAUGGAGGCAUUGUUGAAACAUUGAUACCGAUUCGACAUACCGGUCGUGUUUGCGAUUCGUCGGUCUGCGGGAAAAGCCGCAUGGCUAUCUACGAGAGGCCACUGGCAAAGUGCUAUUAUUGCAAGAGCUCACCUUGAAUGCAAGGAUCUAAUUGUUAGCGAUGUGUGUACGUAUAAAUUUUCAUUAUAAAGUUUUUUCGCGCGAUCAAAUAUAUGCGUUCAAGAUAUAAACAACAUCUAGUUGAAACGAUAAAGAUUUUUCAAAUUUUAAGCAACAGAUAUCGACGGCGUGCUAUUUAUCUCAUCAAUGAGGUUCGUACACGAGGCCCUCGUAUUGCCUGUUGUUUCUGUUUUAUUGCAUUCUUUUCUGCAGCUGCAUCUUAGCGAGGUAGCCUGGUUACGGAGGCUGCGCGCAGGUGA